AUGGCUGGCAUCGAUUUGAGGAUGGUCAUCGGCCAAUCUGACGUUGAGCAUACGGGAUUACAAGAAUGGUACCUAGGAUCACCCUGGACACGCUUCUCCGUAUUCCUGCAAGUAAUCCUCAUCAGCUCCGCCCAAACCAUGGAAACCAAGCGAGGGUUUCCUUCACAGGGCGUGGUUAGGGGACGACAUCAUGAUCGACAAUUAACGGCCCACUUGAAAUUUGAGGAGGGCCAUGUCAACAUUGCCAAGGGAACUGCGCAAGCAAUGCGAACGAGUGGAUACUUCGUAACUCGGGUUGAGAUGCAGGUUAAGAAGGAUUGA